CAAAUGUAUAAUUUUAUCGAUAUAAAUACAUGUGCCACUUAAUGACCUUACCUGAUGAAAUUUAACAAAUUGUGUACGCAUACGUUUCUAGAUAAACCUACACGUCCGAAUAACUGCGACAGAUUGAUUUAUUGUCCAUUUAGUUUGCAGUUCUCCUUAAUUUUUACAGUAAACAAGAUACGGUCAAAUAUUGCAAAUACAAGUUGUAAGUUAUCAUAUCUAUGCGACGUGUUUGAUCGGAUUUUAGUUUGGUUUUACUCACUCACAAUGGCAGUGGAACCAGGAGAUGCUAAAUAUGUAAGUAAACUUAACGAGGAGGAAAAGAAACGGGCUAAAGAAGAGCUUCAUGAACUGAAUGACAAAGACAGAGAGGGCGCUGUACAGGCGUUACGAAAGUGGGCGCUGGAACAGAAAUGGCUCAAAACCAUGACAGAUUUCGAAUUCCUUCUACGGUUUAUUCGCGUAAGGAAAUACAGUCAACUCGGGGCUAGGGAGACCCUUGAAAACUACUGGACAAAUAGAACUAAUGUCCCUGAAUGGUUCAAAAACCUCGACCCCGCAGACGAGAAAAUACACAAAGUUCUGCGUACUGGAAUGAUGUACUGUCCAAAGGGAUACGACAAACACGGGCGCAAAGUUAUAUUUGGGAGCAUGGACAAUAUGGACUUGAGUAUGAUGAAAUCUAAAGAAGGACAAGACUUGUUGUACAAAACCAGCUGCCUUCUCUUUGAUUGGCUGGCUUAUGAUGAAAAGGCACAAGUGAACGGAGUAGUAUUCGUGUCCGACUAUACUGGAGCGUCCAUGGAAUUUAUCAAAUUUUGGAACCCAGAAGCAGAAAAGAAAAUGUUGGCUUAUUUCCAGAAAUCGUUACCCAUGCGGUUCAAGGCAUUCCAUUUGUACAAGAUGCCUGCUUUCAUCGAUGCUUUGUUUGCCAUCAUAUCACCUUUUAUGAGCCAAAAGUUUAAGGACAGGAUGCACUCACAUGGUAAAAGUUUAGUAAAGAUAUACGAGGAACUUGGCAUGGAAGUGUUCCCUGAUGAAUAUUUACCUGACGAUUAUGAAGGUCCUUCAGCCGGAACUAGACAGGAAAUCAUUGAACAAAAUAUUCAAGAUAUACAGAAAGAAGAAUUCAGGAAAUACAUGUUGGAAAUGUCUAGUGGUAAAUAUUACGUGGACACAGAAAAAAGAAAAUCCGCGGAGAAACCUCCCGAGGCCUCCUUCAGAAAACUAAAUGUGGACUGAUUGUUCAACAAAACAAACAUUAUUUGUCGGACGAAAAAAGACGAAAAUAUGAACACAUUUAUUAUACAUGUAUAUAUGUAUAUUGCAGUGUUGAUAAAAUAACAUUAAGUUUUAUCUCAUAUUCAAAAACUUUUGUAAUUUUGCCAAAUUAUAUGGGGUUUUCCCCAAAAUCACAGAUCUCAGAGCGGACCAUGUCCUUUCACUUUCAGAAUUCCAUUAAUUAUUAGAAGUAUUCUACACUCUUCUAAACGCGUUGAAGGAAAAACUGUAGGGUUGCCUUAAGAUGGUCCAAGUUUAUUAAUCUACAAUAAUACAAAUGAAUUUAAUGUAAGAGGGAAUAAAGAUUAUUUAUUUAAACAUAUAUGGACUGCUUGGACUGAAAGUGGUUAGCCUUUGCCACCAGAAUCCAUGCAGUCUGACAAGAUUUUAUGCAGGAAGCUGUCAAACUUCAACUUGCUAACCCAAAAGUUCCUAAAAUUGAAGCAUAUUUAGUCAAACACUUAAAAUUCUUGAAAAUUCCAUGACACAGUUGAAACCUCAUAACUUGAUAUCUCGUAAAAAUUCUCUUUCUUUAUAUAGAUACAUG